CGUUACCACAAUAACCAUUCAGCCAAAUUACACUUCAGAAAACUGAACUUCAACGUUUUUUGCUUACAGGUCGAUGUCAUGGCUAAGUUUUACUUGAAUGUGGUUUUCAUGUUUAUGUGGAGUGAAUUCGUUCUGAGAUCUAUUUUAGCUGACGAAAGUCGUUGCAACGUAUCUGUGUACAAGACAACUCAGGAUCUGGUGUACUGCGUGAGAAACGGAAUAAACUACGACAAGACAAGAAGACCAAAGAAAUUUUUCCCAAGAGAUGAACCCGUGGCUGUCAAUAUUUCUAUCGAGGUCGCUUCUCUUCAAGUCGAUACAGGAGAUAUGGAUUUCUCGUUGGAGUUCUUCUUCAGGCAAGGAUGGCAUGACCCUAAUUUGGCUUAUGAAGAAAAACAAGCAAGCGGAAAGAAGUUCAUUGUCUUUAAGGUCGACCUAGUAAGAGACUUGUGGACUCCUGACACGUAUAUUUAUGGUAUCAGGUCUAUACAGACCGUGCAGACUGAUAGCGCGGUCCCGGCAAGCGAGGGUCUUCGUAUAUCACCUAACGGUGAUGUGCUCUUCAGUACAAGGCUCAGUAUGACAGUGUCUUGUUCAAUGAACUUUCACGAUUUCCCCAUGGAUAAACAAAAAUGCUUCUUAAACAUCACCAGUUUUUUCUACACCGAUGAAGACCUUCAUUACGAAUGGGGCGAGUUGACAGUUCUGGACAAAGACAUUGCACAUUUUGUUCUUGUGUCAUUCGAGAAGAAGAAAACUGUACAAGAAUUUACAUCAGGCAGAUACGGGUUACUUUCAGUAGCAUUUGAGUUCAAUCGGCGCAUCAACUUCUACCUAUUAAGCUGGUACCUUCCGGCCACACUGAUAGUGGCUCUUUCCUGGGUCGGUUUUUGGAUCGAUACCAAGUCGACACCCGCUCGAAUCUCGCUCGGUACAAUCACGAUUUUGGCAAUGGGCAGUUUUCUGAUUGGCGAGCAGGAGGGGUUUCCAAGCGUCUCCUACGUACGGGCAAUUGACAUCUAUCUAAUCACGUGCUUUGUGUUCGUGUUCGGCUGUAUGGUGGAAUACCCCUUCGUUCACUACGCAAAAAGAAUGGCGGAAAAAAUGCAAGAGGACAAGAAGGAUGACUCGGAGAUAGAGAAUUCAUAUCAUUUAAAUCAUCACAACCAGAGCGAAACAAUGGCAAACGGUGUCGUAAAUGGCGGAUUCCUGGAUACUUUUGCUCCAACAAAUUCACAAGACAUUCUCCAAUGGACCAACCUACACUUAUCAACUAGCGAGCCUCCAGAGAAAAACAAAACAAAGGAGAAAACGCCAAGUGGACGUCAGCCGCAAAAAUACUGCUACAGAAUGCGGUUCGUAUUUUAUUGGGCAGCGAAACUUGACGAGGUUUGUCGCUUGGCUUUUCCACUGUCUUUCAUAAUGCUGAGUAUAGCGUAUUGGGUAGUAUUCUUAAAUCGCUGAAGUCAGGCUCAGUUCGAAUUUCAC